UGUUUGUAAAUAUAUUUGUGUGCGACACCGCACCUGACCUUUAUAAAUGUCGUCACAAAAUUUUUCAAAAAUGAAAAAGUUGAACAGAGUAUAAACUGAAAGAACUUAGUUUAAGACAGAUAGUCAAGAAGAUAUCAAUAGAAUCAUCAUGCCUUCAAUACAAAAGUUUCAUGCCAAUGUGGCACGUCAUGUGAACAUGAUGGAUAAGAACUUAUGUGCCAAUUUAAUUCGUCAUGAAGCAAUCUUAACUACCAGAACCAAAGCUAAACGAUCACAAUCUAAAAUUGAAUCAUUUUUAUCACGAUCAUUAAAGAUUAAUAAAGAACUUUCUAAGAAUAAAGAUGAUUCUUUUGAAUUCAAAUUCAGAAAUAAUAAAGCAUUUGAUUAUUUACAACCUCCUGAUCGUAAUGAAAUUGGAGGGAAAGUGAUUAAAGAAUUAUCAAAAAGAUAUCCUAAAAGAGUUGCUGGAUUCACAAGAUUAAUUAAAUUAGAACCAAGAUUAGGUGAAGAUAAAGCUCCGAUGGCUGUAUUGGAAUUAGUUGAUUCUGCAUAUGAAUUACAAUUCUGGUUUGUGGCUAAGAUUGUUGCACGUUUGGAAUUACAAAAAUUAAAAUUGGAUGAUACUACUGCUCAUAAUGUUUCAAAAUUAGUAGCAUUUAGAAACAAUGGUGAACAAGAAUUUAGAAAUGCUGUUGAAGUAUGUAAGAUUGAAUUCUUUAAAUAUGAUCCCGAAACUGAUACCGUCACUGAUAAUGAAAUGAAAGAAAAUUUAAAGAAUUUACCAUCAAAUUUGGAAUAUUAUGGUGGUGAAUUAUCUGGUAAAGUAGUAGUAUCGAAGAAAUAUAAGACUGAACCAAGACCUUCAAAACAAGAAACUUAUGAAUUACCAAAAUCUCCUUUCUUAACUGAAAGUGCUUAAUCAAAUAAUCAUCCAUUCUUCAUCCUUCUUCACACAGAUGCACAUACCCUAUAAAUAAGUCAUCCAAAUCAUCUAACACACGCACAUACAUACAUACUUUCAUUUCACAUAUAUAUAUAUAUUAUAUACCUCCAUUUCUUCAUUUAAUUGUAUAUAGCAUUAAUUUAAAUUUUACAUAGUUAAACAAUA